UUUAAAUAAUUUGAAAGAAGGAGAAGGGACAACGCCCGUUGACGAGUCACCAAAAAAUGUGUAGUGUUUGUUUAAUCAUCAACGGGUGUUGUUUCAUUAUAAUGAACUAUAACUAUACUUUGUAAUUUGAAUAUUACAUAUUUUUUAUAUUUAAUUAUUAAUUUAUCUAUAUUUAAGAAAUUUAUAAUUCUUACUCGAGUAUCAAAAUGAAAGUUAUUAUUUUAUUUUUUUUUUUAACAAUCACACGAGGUCAAUAUCUCAACAAUUAUGAUUCCAAGAACAAAAACAAUCAAAAUUACAACUAUAACACGAAUUCAAAUAAUUUUGACAACUUUUACCCCAACCUCGAUCCCUCAGUACUAAGCCCUAACCGAUCUGUCAACGCUGUCAACACUGGCGUCAAUCGAAAUAAUACUUUGGUUUUCUGUACAACUUCUAAAGCAGAAUUUGCAAAAUGCAACGCCUUCUCUGUGGCAGUUGAUCGAGAAAUCGGUCAAUUCGGCCGUCACUACGUUGCGGUAAGCUGUUAUGCAGCCUCCAAGAAAGAAGAAUGCAUGACUCUCUUGGACUAUGAGACCGUACACUUGACAACAUUGGACGCUGGAGAAGUGUUCAUCGCUGGUCGCUACCACAGUUUAGUCCCAAUAAUGCAGGAAGUAGAUCUGAACCGUCUUCAGAUCCAAUAUGCAGUCGCAGUGAUCAAGAAAGGGUCUUUAAGCGACGUGUCAUCCCUGCAUGAUCUUCGAGGGAAAAAGGCCUGCUUUGCUGGAACCGAAACUCUAGCCGGUUGGAUAAUUCCUCUUCACACGUUAAUGAAGCACGGUGGUCUAGAAGUAAUCGACUGCAACAAUCACGUCAAAUCGACGAUAAACUAUUUCGGACCUUCAUGCGCAGUCAACUCCCUGGUCGACCGCUACAAUCCAUUGGGUGACAAUUCCGACCAACUCUGCAAGCUGUGUAUUGGAGAAAUUCCUGGAGGAAGAUGUACCAACGCAGAUCCUUAUGCUGGGUACGAAGGAGCCUUCAGAUGUUUGAUCGAAGCUGGUGAAAUAGCUUUCUUAUUGCACUCUACUAUUGACGAAGUUUUGACUUCAAAUUUUAAUUACAACUCCGUAAAAAAGUCUGACUUCGAACUCCUCUGUCCGGAUGGCAGCCGCUCGGAUAUUGAUAAUUAUCGGAACUGUCACUGGGACCAGGUUCCAACACGUGCAAUCGUGGUCUCCAGUGCCCUAAAACUAGAAACCAGGCGAUUAUACCAGAAGUUCUUUGAAAAAGCUGCUAAAUUAUUCAGCAAGGGCUUUGUUGCCAAUGCAACCCGAGCUGGAGAUAACUUAUCCAAUAGAAAUGAUCGAUUUGAUAACCGGUUCAAUAUCAAUAAUUACAAUAACGAAGGAUAUGGUGUGUUUGGAAAUGAAACAAACCGAGGAUUCCGUGACGAGAAUAGAGAGCAAGUGAAUUCAAAUUCAAAUUAUGAUGCCAAUAGUAAUAGCAACUGGGACGACCCUUUGGCGGUCAGGCCGUUGGAGGUCUUCGAUUUAUUCGAAAGCGCUCCUAAAUUUGGUAAUACUCAUAAUCUAUUAUUCUCAGAUAGUGCAAGAGAUUUUAUAUCACUACCUGAAAAGGACCAGACUUAUGCGUCUUAUUUGGGAAAGAAAUCAGAAGACGCUAUUUUGGGAGUGAGGAGCUGCCCGAUCGAGAGGAUGAAACUUUGUGUCACUUCAAAGCCUGAAAUUGAUAAGUGCGUUAAGAUGAAGGUUGCAAUGAAGGCACAAUUGUUGAAACCCGAGCUUGACUGCGUUCUUCAACACAGUCAGAUCAAAUGCAUGCAAGCUAUUGAGAAUGGCAUUGCAGAUGUUGCGGUUCUUGAUGCCGGGGAUGUCUACACAGCCGGCUUGAUGUACAAUUUAGUGCCUUUUAUGUCCGAAGUCUACAACUUACCAACCCCCGAGUACUACGUGGUCGCUGUGGCCAAAGAAAAUGAUCCGAGCACAGAUAUAACUUACUUGAAAAACAAAUAUACCUGCCACACGGGAAUCAACACUGCGGCUGGUUGGAUCUAUCCCUUAGCCUAUAUGAUCUCCAACCAAUGGAUCCGUGGUUACGGAUGCGAUUCAAUACGUGCAGCCGCUGAGUACUUCACCAAGUCUUGCGUUCCUGGUGCUUUGAGUACAGAGUACAAUAUCGGAGUGCCUUACGACAACAUGUGUGAUCUCUGUCAUGGACUGAGUUCCCAUUACUGUCGUCGUGACGCAACUGAAGACUACUUUGGUCACACCGGUGCUCUUCGGUGUCUAGUAGAAGGUGGUGGAGAAGUUGCAUUCGUAAAACAUACCACAGUCUUCGAGAAUACCGAUGGCAAACGCAAGGAGUUCUGGGCCCGAAACACCUUUACAAAGGACUUUGAACUCCUCUGCCCAGAUGGAACGCGAAAGUCAACGUUGGAGUAUGAGACCUGUAAUCUGGGCAAGGUUAAAUCCAACGCCAUCGUUGCACGUGGUGGAGAGUAUGGCUUCAAUCAUACCGAGAUUAAUGCAUACAUAAAUCUGUUCGUAUACGCCCAGCAGUUCUACGGACGGAAAGAAGCUGAUGAGUUCAGCUUCAGCAUGUUCUCCAGCAUUCCGCCCUACACAGAUCUUAUAUUCCAAGAUGCCACGCAGCAGUUAGUUAUUAUUCCCAGUGAAAUGAGAGAGUUCAGUAGAUAUUUGGGACCAGAUUUCAUGCGUGCUAGAAGAAUUGUCGACUGUGCCGCCGGUGCCAGUACCAUUGAGUACUCGAUACUCGCUUUAUUGAGCGUUGGAGUAGCUUUACUUCUUAGUAGAUAGACUUUUUAGUGUUCGAAGGGGUAGGUAAAGAGAAGUCAAGCUGUUGGCAAAAAUAUUUUAAGGUUAAACCUAUUUUUACAUUUUGCCUACACAGAGAAAAAAUUAUAGUAACUGUUCCUAGUACGUUUAUGAAAUAUCAUCCCAUACCGUUAUGGUAAUGAUUACUUGGGAUUAUGGGAUAUAGACCCAUACUUUCUGGGAAAGUUUCUAUAAGUAUGGGAACAAUUCCUAUCAUUAUGGUAAUAGUUCCCAUAUCGCAUGUGAAAGAACCAUGGUAAUGAUUACCAUACUCAUAGAAAUAGUUCCCAUAAGCAAAUAGGAACCAGUCCUAUAACCACAUUGUAACGGUUCCUAAGCGUAUAUGGUAAUGGUUACCAUAAUAUUAUGGUAAUGGUUACCAUAAUAUUAUGGUAAUUGUUCCUGUAAUAUUAUGGUAACCAUUCCCAUAAUAUUAUGGUAACUAUUCCCAUAAUAUUACGGUAACGAAUACCAUAAUAUUAUAGUAACCAUUACCAUAGGUACAUAGUAACGAUUACCAUAAUUCCAUAGGAACUAUUCCGAUACCAUAUGGCAAUUAUACCCAUAAUUAUAGGAAUGAUUACCAUAAUAUAUAUGGGUGCGGUUCCUAUAAUCAACAUUUCAAAAAAACCGGUUACCAUGCAGUAUGGGAAUCAUUCCCAUAAUAUUAUGGUAACUAUUUCCAUAAUAUUAUGGUAACGAUUACCAUCAUAUGAUAGUAACCAUUACCAUGCAGUAUGGGAAUCAUUCCCAUAAUAUUAUGGUAACUAUUUCCAUAAUAUUAUGGUAACGAUUACCAUCAUAUGAUAGUAACCAUUACCAUGCAGUAUGUGAAUCAUUCCCAUAAUAUAUUGUAACUGUUACCAUAACUUUCUCUCCGUGUAGAUGCUGACAUUGACUUCUAGUUCAGUUUUCGCGGAAACUAUUUCGGAUAGAUAUUUCGAUUAGAUUCCGAAAAAACCGAAUUACUUUACUCUUAUUCUUUAGAAUACUGCACCAGAAGUUAGAAAACAAUCCGUCCCCGAAAAAUUUUUAUAGAUAUAUUAUAAGAUUUUUUUAUAACCUUCUUUUAAUUCUAAGACUCGUCCAUGUAAAUAAUAAAAGUACAAGUAGUAUAGAAAACGUACAACGUAAGUGGGGUAAAAUGAGCCAUAGAAAUUUUUAUAAGUUUUAUCGAUGUUACGAAAUAUUUUUUUAAAAAUGAAAAGAUGAUUUUUUAUUAAUUUUUAAUACCUGUGGUCUUUAUUUUACCUCAUUUUAGUUUAUAUUAUUAUGAUUUUACACUAAUUUUAUACUCUUUAAACUAAGAGCCAAAAAAUUUCAAUCCGUCCAUUGAAAAAAAUUUUUUACUAAUUUAAAUAUAAACUUUUAUGAUUAUUACUAUUUAAAAUACUGUUUAUGAAACAGUGCGAUUAAUUAUCAUUAAUUUUAGAUAAAAUAUACAAAAGUAUUUAUAAAUGAUGAACAAAUGUACUCA